CAUGUUUCAAUCUUCACCAGAACUUAAAUUUUCCUCCAGAACCAUAUAAAACAUUGGAUACAUUCAACUACGGGACUGCAGCUCUUCUCCCCACAGUGCCAAAUUUGGAGAUCCAGCUCCCAAAUUACACAAACAUCUCAACAUCCCAAUAAAUUUGGCCUUGUUAAAAGAAACUGCAAUCCUAUACUUUGUACUACUCAGCACAGGCAAACAAUGAUGACUGCUCAAAAAGGCUAUGAAUUGAUCAAAAUCUUAAUUUUGGAAAAAUUAUAUUUCCUGUGGCAAAGUUAAUAUAUAAUUCAAUAAGUGCAUUCAUAUUUUAGUUAAGGCAUUGGUUCCAAUUAAGUAUAUUUUUACUAUAUAUGGAUUUUAAACAAAGAUGAAAGACUCUCUUAAGUUUUUUUUUUCUUUAGAUAUCGCGAUGAUCGGAUAUUCAUGGCAAACGGCAAUCUGUAUGUUUUGUUUCGAUUAAUUGGGCAGGCCCCCGGACGGGCUGAUGGUCAGAUCCAGUCCCGACGCCGGCACCGAAGCGCCGGCGAGGUACCGCCUCCCGAUGGCAGACGUCGUCCAUGGGGGGAAUGACCACGUGGAGUGCCCCGGCGAGUCUUGCUGCUCGUGCACGGCGUUGGCGAUCGGCGACUGCGUCGCGCUGGGCUGCUGCCCCUUUGCGGUGGUGAACGUGCUGGCGCUGACCCUGGUGAAGUUGCCGUGGGUGGCCUCGAGAAGGUGCUUGGCGUCUCUGCGCCGGAGAAGGGCGUCGAUGCGGAGGAGGAGAGUGGCGGACGUCGGGGGCGCAGAGGAGAAGAUGAGGGAGGCGGCGAUGGUUAGGGCGGCUGGGAGGAGCUCCGGCGAGUGGAGAGAGGACGAAGGUGGGACGCCGCCUGGAUUAAUGGAAACAGAGGACGGGGUCUGGCUGGAGCUCUACCAGGUGGGGAACUGGGGGUUCGGCCGAGUUUCCUUCUCCGGCAUUCAAAGGGAGUGGUGCUUGCGGCCGCGCAGCGGCGGCGGUGGAGGAAGUGCACCGGCGGCCACUUUUGGAACCGUCGAAGAGUUUAAUUAAUCGCUACGUAUUCUGCGAAAUCGCAUCGGUAUCACGGUAUGUCAGAGAGAGAGAGAGAGAUUUGUUCGGUUGUGUUCUUGCGCAUUUUAAUAAAAAAAAAACCUUUAACCCCUCUUU